AUGUCGGCCCAGGCCCAGAACGGCCAGAGCCAGGGCGAGCAUCAAGAACAACAACGCCAAGGCCAAGACCAAGAAUGCAGCCCUCGCUCUCGUAGCAACCGUCACCUGCAGAUCGUGGAGCCAGAGCGGCGGCCGCUGUUGAGGAGACACAUGAGCCAUGAGCUGGACACUGAGCCUGUCUUCUCUUGCGUGCCCAACCCACACUCUCACCUGCCCGUCUACACCAACAUCCACCGCAUCAGGAGGGAUGUGGUCUCCAUUGUCGAGGACUACAUGAGCCUUGAGCAACUGAGAGAUGUGAGGAUCAACAUAUCUGUCAUACGGCCUUUGGUCGAUAAGCUGUACGACCUAGAUGACAUCUCCAUUGUCUACUGCCUCCUGGUGAACCGCACACAGUUCAUGCACGAGCAGUCACAUCUGCAUAACCGGCAAAAUGUGAACUACACUCGUGCUACCUUGUGUGAGCUCGUCGCCACUCGCAUUCUCCGGCGUUUCAACGAGGACAAUGAGGGCCCCGAUGGGCUGCUCAUCCUCGCUCAUAUCCUCGUCGCCGGCUUCUCCCCCUUUCAGAAUGCUCCCGAGGACAUUCGCCGAGAGGCGUCCUCUUCUGACUCUUUCAGCUACCAUACGACACUGCCCGCUCUCGAAGUUGCCAUACUGAGCGAGAGCAAGUUGUUCCUGAGCUCAACAUCCUGCCAAAAGGUCAUUGACGCCAUCUACGAGGGUCGCGUGAUAUACACGCCUAGCAGUUUCAUGGACAUCAUCCCGGAUCGAUACAAGCAGAAGCCGAUCAGCCUCUAUGACCCCAGGGCGGCGUCGCUGCUGAACCAGUACCGUUUGAUCGUCCCGAGGACGAGGAACUACCUCGAGAUCAUGCAGUUUAUGAUAUUAUUGGUUCUCUACGUGCUGUUCAUGGCCGAGCGAGACCCCACUACCUUCUCGAUAUUUGAAGUCAUGUUUUCAGUGUAUGCAUUUGGAUGGGUACUCGACAAUUUUGCCACGAUACUGGAACAUGGCUGGCAGGUGUAUACUCAGAACCUAUGGAGCUUCCUGGAUGUCACGUUCGCUGUCAUCUUCUGGAUUUAUCUCGUUCUGCGUAUUCAAGGCUGGCGUACCGACAGCCAUGGUACGGACCAGCAGGCCCUCGACGUCCUCGCGAUGGGUGCUCCGGUGCUUAUCCCCCGUCUCGCCUUCAACUUACUCUCCAACAACCUGCUAUUCGUCUCCUUGAGAGCCAUGAUGGCCGACUUCACCACAUUGACAGCCCUUGCGGCCUGGUGUUUCGCCGGAUUCCUCAUGUCACUGAUCUGGCUUGGGGACGGAGAUCACUCGACAAUCACGGUGAGCAAGUGGCUGCUCUGGAUCUGGUUUGGCCUCGAUGGCACCGGCAUCCAAAGGGCCCCCGAGUUCCACCAGAUCUUGGGCCCAUGCCUCAUGGUCACCUUUGCCUUCCUGGGUAACACGCUUUUUCUCACUAUCCUGGUGUCCAUGCUCUCAAACACCUUCAGCACUAUCGUGUCCAACGCCACCGCCGAGAUUCAGUACCGCCACGCAGUCCAGACACUGGAAGGCGUCAAGAGCGACGCGAUCUUCGCUUAUCAGCCACCCUUCAACAUCCUCGCACUUUUCGUGCUGGUGCCACUGAAAUUUGUCGUCAGCCCCCGAUGGUUCCACAAGAUCCACGUCGCGGCGGUGCGACUGCUCAACCUUCCUCUGCUCCUCAUCAUCGCCGCCGUCGAGCGGCGUGCUCUAUGGCCUGUGUCGGCAGCGACCAGGCGAUCGACCGUAGUCAACGGGAACGAGAGGAGGUACCAGUGGUUCUGGGAAAAGUGGCGCAUCACGACACACGGCGACAUCCACGCCGUAUUCGACCUCUCGCCUCCGGAUGAGAUUGAAGAUGCCAUCUCUGUCGACGACGACCUGACGCGCCACAUGAUCCGUCGGCAGUUCCAGAGGACCACCACGGCCGACUCGACCAUGCUACAAAACAUAAUCAAGCAACAUAAGAACAAACAAUCACACGAAAGGGACGGAAACAACAACACCGGCACCACCAAAGACGCCGGUGACCAGCUCGGGGUAACGCCCACCGCCUCAGACGGCCGGCAGACGCCCAAGUCACCUGGGGCGGGCAAGGUGCUCAGCAGGAGGGAUAGCAUGGCGCCGUUCCCGGGCCUGCGGCAGGAGCUGCAGGGCAUCUUCAACGACAGCGAGGAGAUGAGCGACCUGACGACGCGGCUCGAGGCCCUCGAGGACAGCAACGCGCGCAUAGAGGCGCUGCUCGCCAGGCUGGUGGGCGACCUCGAGGACACGUCGAGCAUGGACGAGGAGGCGCAGGCUGGGAAGCUGGGCAAUCUAGAGGAUCUGGACCACACGGCGGAUGAGCAGUAG